AUCCGCACGAACGUAUUUUGUUAGUGUUGCGUUUCGCAUCGGAUUCGUUGUGUGCGUGCUGUGCGUCUGCGAGUGAGAGUCUGACUGAGCGCGUGUUUUGUGCGUGUUAUAUUAAUUGUUGUUGAUACUUCAUACAUUUUGUUAACGAAACCAAAGAGCAUAUUACCGGCUGCACCUGCACAUCAUAAAAUGCACAGUAAGAAACAGCAGCAAAAGCAACAAAAACAACAGCAGGCAACUGCAAUGCCGGCAUAAACAACGUAAUGCAUUACGUUGUCCGUGUGCCGUUUGUCUUUGUAAAUUAGUGCGUGUGCCGCUCUCUCUCUCUCCCUCUUCCCUGUCCGUCUCUCACUCUCGCUCAAGUUGUGGCGAAAUUUAUUUACGGUACCGCGUAGAGUAAAGUGCAAUAAAAUCAACAACAACAACGACACCAACAACAGCCCCAAGAGCAAAAGCCGGCUUCGUCAUAAAAUUCAUGGAUUGUGCGUCGUGUGAUAAACGUGUGUGAUUGAUUGUGACAAAGCCUAGCAACACAAACAACAAAGCAACAGCAACACCAACAGCAACAAAAUGUUUGCGUCGAAAAGUUGUCAACGACAACAAAAAAAUCUGCAACAACAUCUGCACCGCAGUAGCAGAAGAACAACAAAUGCCGCCUACCUUGUGAUAUUCAAUAGUUUGCUCUUGUUGCUGCUAGCAACAGCCACACAGGGCCAGCUACAAGAGGCCAGUUCCGUAGGUGGCGCCCAAAUAGCCGCAUUGGCAGCGCCUGGACCAAUUGCUGGUCCGGGCAGCUCCUCCUCCGCCGGCGUGGCUGGCGGCUCCUCGAUAAUCGAUCAGUUCAGCCCCAACUGCAGCGCCGUUUCGCACAUCUUCCAGGCGCGAGGCAUCGAUGCCAAUGAAAUACCACAAAAGCCCAGCAAUGAACGUGUGCUACGCUACUGUGAAUCGCCCUCGGUGGGCACCUGCUGCACCUACUCCAUGGAGACGCGCAUGGCGGGACAGUCGCGCCAGCAGCUGGAGUGGCAUACCAAGGAGCAGAUAACUAAGAUGUCGGGCCUGCUGGGUGGCAAGGCUACCAAAUUUAAUGAUAUUUUUCGCAAAUUGCUGUUGGAAUCGAGGGAACAGUUCCACACGAUGUUCAUGCGAACAUAUGGAGUUAUCUAUCAGCAGCAUUCGUAUGUCUUUUCGGAUCUGUUUAACGAACUGGAAAACUACUAUGCGCGUGGACGGGUCGAUCUAUUGGAUGUGAUGGACAAGUUCUUCAGCACGCUCUACCAAAAGAUGUUCACUGUGCUGAAUGCGCAGUAUGACUUCAACGAAAAAUACAUGCAAUGCGUCAGCGAGCACAUGAAGGAACUGAAGCCGUUCGGCGAUGUGCCCGACAAGCUCUCGGUGCAAAUCAAACGCUCCUUUGUGGCCACACGCACCUACGGCCAGGCACUGAUCACCGCAGCCGAGGUCUCCAAAAAGAUAUUGGCAAUUCGACUCAAUCCGGACUGCACUGGCGCGCUGACCAAAAUGCAGCACUGCGGAGCCUGCAAAGGGUAUACGGAAAAGCCAUGCACCAACUACUGCGUAAAUGUGAUCAAGGGCUGUCUACACUAUCUGCACGAGUUCGAUGCCGAGUGGGAGAACUUUGCCCUGGCCAUGGACAAGGUGGCCGAACGCAUGCUCGGCUCGUUCAACAUUGUUAUGGUUGUGGAGCCCAUAAACAUCAAAAUAUCCGAGGCCAUCAUGAACUUCCAGGACUCUGGUCAGGACAUUACGCAUCGUGUGUUUCAGGGUUGCGGCAAGCCCACUUUGCGACAUGCCAAACGCUCCAUUAGUCCCAAAAUGCUACUGGCGCCAUCUGCCGCCGCGGUGCAGGAACUGCGUGCGCACAGCACUCCGGAGGCGGACACGUUAGACAUCGAUGCCACCUUGGAUGAGGCGAUUGUGCUGCGUGAACGGCGGGCUGCCGAGCCCGGCUCACAGGAUUCGUCGGCACAGCAGUCGCAGGAGCAGGGCUUGGUCAAUGGUAAUGGCAAUGGCAAUGGUGGCAACAACAAGCGUCAGCAGCAACGCCGCAGGCAGCAGCAGCAGCGCCGCAAGCAGCAGCAGAACAAUCGCAACGACAACGACGACGACGAUGGCGACAGCAAUGGCGGCGGCAGGGAGCCUAUUCUAGACAAGAUUGUGCGGGAUAUACGCCAGCGUGUAAAGGACUACAAAAAGUUCUGGUCAAACCUGCCGCACUCGAUAUGCAGCAAUGAGGACAUCGCCGCCUCAUCCGAUGUAGAUGGCAUGUGCUGGAAUGGGCACACCAUAGACAGAUAUAUGCACUCGGUGACCACAGAGCACGGCUCGAAUCCUGAGUUCAGCGGCAACCCAGCGAGCACUCGCCAAACGGCACAGAUGUCCACGCAGCUGUUCCAUCUGAAGAAUGCCAUUAGUCAUUUGCGAAAUGCCUACAAUGGUCAGGACGUGGACUGGAGCGAGCAAGAGGAACCAUAUAUGGGCAGCGGCGCUGGCUCCGGAUCGGGGUCCGAGGAUGAUGAAGACGAUGAUGAGGGCUCUGGCUUAGGUCCGUUCGAGCCCAGUCACAAGCCGGACGUGGAGCAUCCGUCGGUGCGUGUCGAUGCUGAAAAUGACGAUGAUGAGGAUACCAAUCCGUCCGUUACCACCCACACAUCGCGUCCCAAUGUGGACGACAAGAAUCCGCUGGUGCAUACCACGCAUUUGGACCACGACCAUAACGAUCUAGACGAGCCGCACAAUGGCGACAACGACAAUGAGGACGAGGAAGAUGACUCCGUCCACAAUUCGUCGACGGAUGGCGCCACACGCACUUCCAACGCUCCCGAGAAGAUGACGUUGCGUCGGGCUUUGGUCGUCUACUUGCUGCCCCUAUAUAUGGCGUGGUUCGGAGGCGUCUGCGCCGAUUUGCUGUGAUUAUACAAAACGCUGCCCCCAACGAAAGCGAAGCGAGCAAGCGAACAAGUGCAGCCGCUGUGGAAGCAUUUGCGCCCCACUGGCCGCUGCACGCCCACACCUCUCAGUCAUUCAUCCAUGAAACAAAAAUGUUAUUAGAACUUCUUUUAUACGAAAUGCAAGUCCAAAAUUUUAUAAAAACUUUUGUCAAAGCAAUGAAAAAGCAAUGAGAAAAACUACGAAAACCUCCCCAGUUAUGGUCAACGCUCUCGAAUCGAGCCAAUCGCAAAUGAAAUCAAUUUAUUGACAAUUGACGCCUUUUGAGACUGUUGCCCAUCGCUGUCGAAAAGCAAGGAGGACUUGACGAGUCCCCUUACCUUUCUCCCCAUUUAGAAGAGUUAAGUCCAUUAACCUAAGUCGUAAGCGCGAAAUUCUAAUCUGUAAGCGUGUGAAUGUCUGUCUGAGUAUGUCUGAAUGAGCUUUUGUGAGUGCCUGUGUGAGAGUGCCUGGUUAUUUGUGAUCGUUUAGCAAAAAUUAACUAUAAACAUUAUGUAACGUAUACUAAGCGAACUUAUAUUUGUAUUAUAUUUAUACAUAUUCUAUACACAUAUACAUACAACAAGCAUAUACGUAAAAGUUGCCAGCAAAUAUUUUAACCAUUUUGAAUUAACGCCCAGCAUAAGCAGCGAUAACUAAUUUCUAACUGUACUGAACUGUAAUUUAGUAACUUAGUUGACCUCUCCUCCCUCGUUUCAAAUAAGAUAAUCAAAUACAAUUGAUUAUAUAAUAUCAUAUUAUAUAAUAUAUAUUAAAUUGAAGAACGUCCUUAGACGCAUCUAUCAACAGAUCGGUUUUCAAGCAAGCGCAUUUGUAACCUUAGCAGAUAAAGCUUAAAUAUUUAUGUAUAUUUAUUUUUGAUUUUUUAUAAUUUUUAAUAAUUGUAUUAUUUUUAUGUAUGUAUGUAUUAAACGCAAAUACAACACUGAA